CAAAAGGCCACAGUAAAAGCUAUUGUUCAUCUGUUUGUUCAACAUUACUUCCACUUCUAAUCGAAUACUCCCAGAAUGGCGUCCGGAGUCUUUUUUGACCCCAUGCGGCUUCUCCGCGUAGCGCCCCUCAUCGGCAGCACCGGCACCCUCGUUUACGCAACGGCAGAAUUAGUUUACAAUUCCACCUUCCUCCACCCUUCAGUCCGCAAGCAGUCAGACGAAAUCCUGCCAAAGUGGUGGAAAGUUCUCUUCCACCGUUCGGUGUGGGUUGUUUUGGCUCUCAACAUGACCACGAGCACCGCAACCAUCGCGAACUUGGUGUUUGACUACAAAUUCUCCAUUCCAACCUUCAGCACUAAGCUUUACUGCGCGGGAUUGGCUGCUGCAGUUGGGCAUCUGUUUUUCGUUCCGUGGGUGGCUGGUCCAAUUCAGGAUAUGCUUGGAGAACGGACCGGGAAUGGCGCUGCCAGCGACAUGGGCAGAUGGCUCGGCUUCCAUCGCCUGAGAUUAGCAGUGGCCGAUUUCCCGGCCUGGGUAGCAUGCCUCGGCGCAUUUCUGUCGACUCCGUUUUACUAGAACCGGAGCGAUCGCAAUCUCGUUUCGGACUUCAAAAAGACAUCCGGCUUUCUCUGGGCGAUCAAACCGAUCUUCGUUGUUGCGGAAAAAUGCCGGUCGGGCUUCGCUUUAUACGAUCCCCCUUUUACUCCUCCCUGACGCUGCUUUAAAAUGUCGGACGAUUUGACCAACCGACACUCCUCAGCGGUUGGGGACCCUGAUAGAUUCCCUCAUAUGGGAACGCAUGUAUUUGUAUCCGAAAGUUGCCACAUGAACCCAUCGACCCGAGAUCUAGUAAUACAACAGUUAUGAUACGCCGUUAUUGAAUCAAACCCUCUCUAUGCUCAUGCUUUCCCGAAGACUUGACGUAGUACCCCGCCUAGAACACCGCGAACCUUUUUGGGAUCCGAUUGAAUGCACGUUAAAACAAUUGCAGUACCAAGAGAGAAUGCCAGCUGUUCUCUCCACAUAUGCUGUCCAUGGCUGUUAGUAACAUAGCGAAACGCCAUAUCUUCGGACCCACUCACCUUUCGAUCAUAUCGCCGAGGAAGCAAAGUAGCAAUGGCUCUCGGCGCGACAAAUAGAGAAAUUUCCUGGCGCUUUUUUGCACUUUCAACAAAAACACUCCAUCCACACAUCAUGCAGCCAG